AUGGCCUCGACAUCCCCCUCGCAGCAGCCGGUGGCGGCGGCGACGACGGCGCCCGUCAAGUACGCCGUGGCGCUAUUCCCCGGCUUCCAGUUACUCGACGCGGCCGGCCCGCUCGACGUGCUCGCGAUGCUCUCGGCGCUGGUCCCCGUCGAGGUGGUAAUACUCGCGGCGACGCUCGAGCCCGUAACGUCGCGCGGGAAGCGACCCGGCUCCGUUGGCCAGGCAAUUGUGCCGACGCACACCUUUGACACGGCGCCACAAGACAUUGAGGUGCUCAUGAUUCCCGGCGGUGGUGGCACCCGCGACGACGAGGCCACGCAGCCCUUGGUCGACUACGCCGCUAGGGUAUAUCCGAAGCUCCGAUACUUUUUGACGGUGUGCACCGGCGCGGCGCUCGCGGCCCGCACGGGCAUCCUGGACGGCAAGAAGGCGACAACGAAUAAGUUGGCGUUUGACUGGGUUAUGAAGAAGGGACCAAAUGUACACUGGGUCCGGCAUGCACGAUGGGUCAGCGAUGGCAAUAUAUGGACUUCUUCGGGCAUCUCGGCCGGCAUCGACAUGACCUUUGGCUUUGUGGCGGCGCACUACGGCGAGGAAACUGCCGCCACUAUCGCCUACAGGCAAGAGUACACUCGCAACACUGACCCUAACAACGAUCCUUUUGCGCCAGAUUCCGCACAGCAAGACCAAUAG